AUGAUACGUGAGUGUAAGCUCGAUGCCGAGUCGAUCGAGGAGGGGAAAAAUGCCUCGCAAACCCAGCCUGUGCAAGGUACAACGGUGCACACGCUCCUCGGGCGCAUAAAGGCAUGCCAGAUGGCGGCGAGAGUGGAGGCAACGCUCUACCGGGAGAAGGAGCUGAGCAUCAUGCGGGAGAUCUCAAUGGUCAGAUCAGAGGUGCGGUUCAUGGUCCGCACCAAGAACGAGAGGGACGUCAAGAAUUGUGCCGACCGGCGUCGCGGCAACAUCGGCGAUACCUACACCGCUGAACAGUUCCGCCAGAUCAUGAUGAAGGUGCUGCCGACAUGGGCGGCGUCGGCGCGGAACCCGCGGGAAACCGCUCCUUCGCAGACGCUGUGGCGAUUUCUGCUCACCAAGGCGCUCACGCUACUCUCCCACCACACUCUCCUGCGAGGCGCCAGCAUCCGCGAGAUCACGCUCCCCGACAUCUUCUUAUACUGA